AUUUAAGUUCAAAUAACAUUUUUCAUUAAAAUAUCUCAACAAUAGUCAAUUCAUAUAUAUUAUCUAUCCAGUCAAACAUUUUUAAAAGAGAAAUUGAUGAACCUGAUCUAUAUCAUAAAUUAUACAUAAUAGACUAUAUACAAAAAUUUUAUAAAAUGAAACGGAUGAAAUAUUAUUAUUGAUAAAAUUGAGCGAGUGAGUAGAAGAAAAUACCAAGAGAAUCGCGUUGUGCGAGCGAUGAGGGAAAAUAUAGUGUUGUUUGGAGAUUCGAUAACGGAGCAAUCAUUCAGAGAAAAUGGAUGGGGUGCUGCACUCGCCAAUGCCUAUUCUCGCAAGGCUGAUGUACUUGCUCGUGGCUAUGGUGGAUACAACACUAGAUGGGCUUUGUUCUUACUCCAUCAUAUCUUCCCUUUGGAAUCAACUAAACCACCUCUUGCUGCCACUAUUUUCUUUGGUGCUAAUGAUGCAGCUUUGUUAGGUAGAACCAGUGAAAGACAACAUGUACCUAUUCAUGAAUACAAAUUAAACCUUCAAAAUAUUGUGCUGCACUUAAAGUCAUGCUCACCAUCUAUGCUUAUUGUGCUUAUUACUCCACCUCCAGUUUGUGAGGAAGGGCGUCGAGCAUAUGCGAAAUCCUUAUAUGGUGAGAAUGCCAGAGAAUUGUCCGAAAGAACAAAUGAAGCUGCUGGGGAAUAUGCAAACGCAUGUGUUGAGAUAGCUAAGGAAAUGGGUUUGGCUUAUAUCAAUCUAUGGACCAAAAUGCAAGAGACAGAUGGCUGGCAAAAUAAAUUUUUGUGGGAUGGUUUGCACCUGACACCAGAUGGAAAUGCAGUAGUCUAUCAAGAAGUGAUCAAGGUGUUCAAUGAAGCAGGACUUUCAGCUGAUAAAAUGCCAUAUGAUUUCCCUCACCACUCAGAAAUUGAUGACAGAAAUCCUGAGAGCGCUUUCCAGCAGAAAGUUUGUGAUGCCUCAUUGUAGUAGGGUUCUGGUUUAGUCUUUGCAAUUUUAUAUACUCUGUUCUAUUCAGUGACCUGCAAUUUUUUUUAUUAAUUAGUUUUAAUUAAAUAAAAACCGUGUUGUUUGCUGCGGAUGGUGCUUUUACAAUUGUGACAUUUUAUCUUUUUUGGCAAAAAUACACAUUUAAUCCAAGUUUAGUUCACUUUUCA